GUUAGUUCUUACAAGACUGGCUGCAUCUAACAAAUUACUCUAGCUACUGAAAAAAAUUAAUUUGGGAUAUUAUUUUUGUUUAACAAACAUAGUUUCCGUUGCCCUUUUAUACGUUAAAACACGUAGAAAAUAGGGUUGAUGUUUUGCACCUGUGAAGUAGAAGAAGAAAAGACGCUAGCCAUUUAUAUUCUAGAGGGGAAGUAACAGUGUCAAUAUUAUCGGUGCAAAACUGCAUAUUUUCAUCUAUAAAUAAUGGAAAUCAGCGUACCCUAUAAUUUCUUGAAUACUAUUUGAACAAAAAUCAUUGCAUGCAGGAAGUUGGGGGUGUUUUCAUGCAGGACUGUGUCAAAACGUUUGGCAAAGUAGAUCACAUCUACUACAUUUGUCCUCAUGAUGAUAUGGCUGCAGCUGCUGUGGAACGAUUGUUUGCUACCUUGAGGAAACCAAGGUUUUCCAGAGAAUUGCCCAGGUGUUGGACAUACUAUCUAGCCUUUUCUCCAUAUGGCUUGUUCAGAAGUUUAGUUCCCUGUUGCAUUUAAGGGGGAGCAUGGCUGAGGAAGAGCCAAUCUCUGUGGAUUAUGAAGUGUUUGGAAAGGUACAAGGUGUUUUCUUUCGCAAGUACACCCAGGCAGAGGGAAAUCGCUUAGGUCUAGUUGGCUGGGUGCGGAACACAGACACUGGGACAGUUACCGGACAGUUGCAAGGACCAAGUGAAAAAGUACGGGAAAUGCAGAUCUGGCUACAGAAGAAAGGAAGUCCUAAGUCUAGAAUUACAAAAGCGCAGUUCCAAAAUGAAAGGAGAAUAAAAAAGCUGGAGCAUAGCACCUUUAGCAUUUGUAAAUAAAUAUGUUUCUUUGGUUUGCUAAAUAGCCAGGGAGAGUUUCUAUGUACAUGUUACUUGUCAUGUAUUCCUUUUUUUUGUUCAUCUGUGUUUACAUUGUCCAAUUGUGCAUGUGGAAACAAGCAAGGCAGUUCAUGUUCAAAUAAUAAAGCCCAUAAGAAGCAUU